CGAGAGAUCGGCAGCACAGUUUCGUGCUCAGCUUAGCUCGGUUAGGCUCUCAGCCUUGUGAUAUCGGAAGCUUCCAAGUACUCGAAAGGUGGAGGUUUUCGUACACACUCUUUCGAACCAUCAGAUCCACCUGACCGGAAACAGAGAAGACCCGGGGAUUGUCUUUCUCGGUCCGCUUGCGAGAGAGGCAAGAUUCCCAGUCGCCCCAGCGGUGACCGGAAUACCUGUUGCUCUAGGUGUUCUCGCAAGAAAACCGGCGACGCGUUGGUGCGCAGUUCGCGAGACAACAACGGUGACGUGCAAACCGAGGAAUCAUGGGGACGAUACGACGGUUGUCGACGAUGAUGCUGUUGUUAAUGAUGCAUUCUGCUCAGCUCGAUGCUCAUCGUGAACACAAGGUUCACAAUAUCGUCCUGUAUCCAGAUAAGCAUAGUUGGUGUAAGACAACACCGAUAAAGCAGGUAGUGGCAUGGCCUCAGUGCUCUUCGCAAGAAUUGGACAAUAAUGUAUGCGUUGGUGCUUGUUUUUCGUACAUGGUUCCUCACAGCGAGCCCUCCGCACCCGGUGAUCUCAUAAGACCUUACUGCGAUUCUUGUCAACCUUUGGACAGCGUUUGGCACACUGUUACGCUAGAUUGCAAAGAUGAGCAGAAUAAUCCAGUAACCAUGCAGAAGAAGGUGCAGAUUAUCACAAAUUGUUCCUGCAGCUCUUGCAUGGAAACUUCGAAAAUCAAACCGGAUUACAACACUUUGCUGCAAUCUUUGACGGAGGAAAACUUGGACAAAAACGUGAACGUAGCGCACGAAACACCAGAUUUGCUGCUAGAUCCGAAUUUGAAUGCCUCGAAGAACACGACGAGAGACGGAACUCAAACUAACGAACGAUUCCUUCAACUUUUUAAGAAAUUGAAAGAAUCACAGAAACUGGACGAAUCCGGUCUGAAGGAAUUCUCCAAGUUUGAAGAGGAAGACAUCGAUUUGGAGAAAUUUCGGGAACUGUUCAAAAAGUAUAGCGAGGGAGAUGAAGAAGAAGGCCACGAGCACCAUCAUCAACACCCGCAUGAGCAUCAGCAUCAGCAUCAACAUCAGCAGCAACAGCAACAGCAUCUACAUCGUGGACCCCAUCAUUCUCUGGUACUGGAUUCUGACGUGAAGGAGAAGAUCGACGUGGAGCCGCAUUAUUUGCAUCCUGCUGUCGCCGGCCAAGAGAUUAGUUAUCACGACAGUAUCUUGGUAAGCAAGGAGAAGAAGAAGAAGGAUUUUUAAAAGCUUGCCGAAGCAGAAUUUGUCAUCGACAAAUGUCAUCUUCGUUCGUCACGCUCACAAAAUAUGCAGAAGUGGAUCGAGAUCUUUAGAAAAUAUGUAGAUUUUUGUAAUGUAGAUAUUUCGAUAAGAGAAUUUGAAAAUCUCUAAUAUGGUAUCUCUAAUCUUGAUUCUACAUAUUUAUUUACGUAGUACUAAUUGAAUCAUGAGAUAUUAAUUGUUGAUAUAUUUAUUAUGAUAAAAUAAUGGAUUAUGAUAAAAUUAUUUUUUCAAGAAAGAUAUCCUUAGAUAUUAUAGGAAAGUUUAUACGAAAUUAGAAAAUAACACAUGCGAAUUAAAAAUAAAUAUGGAUAUAAUGUUUUAAAAUUAAUUAUACUGGAUUCGUUAGUGAGAAUGAGAAAGAGAAAUAGCAAGAGCGUGAGUGAGAAAGUGGAAAGGUUGGGGAUAUAUUGGAGCAAAUUUUAAUAUAUAUUUAUAUAAUUGUUAUUAUGUUAAUUAAUUAUUUAAAUAGUUGCAGAACAAAAUUGGGUGUUUAAUUCAAGUUUAAACAUGUAGAGUGAUGUUUCAGUAUCAGUCGAGAUCUACAUCUCGGUCGAUGAACGUAUGUGUGUGUGAAUAUUUUCAAGUCUGUAUAUCAGUCUUGACAUGACGUUGACUACUACGACGUAGGCAUUGUAUUAUUCUCCUAGGGAAUAAAGACCAUCGAUGGUA